AUGAGUAGUGCAACUAAAUUAACACCAGAUAAUAUCAGUUUUAAAAUUGGUAAAAAAAUUGAUAUCAAUUCAAUUGAAGAACUUGAAUUAUCAUCAUUAGGAUUCAUUGAUGCAACUUCAUCAUUUUCAAGAUUAAAAUGUUUAAAGAAAUUAGAUUUAUCAUCAAAUAGAUUUCAACUAAUUCGUAAUAUCAAAGGUUUAUUUGAUUUACCAGUAAUUGAAGAUUUAAAUUUAACUGGAAACCCUGUAACAAAACAAAAUAAUUACAGACUUAUUGUAAUUCAAAAUUUACCAACUCUUUUAAUUUUAGAUGAAAAAAAAAUUACAGCAACUGAAAGAAAUCAAGCAAGAGAAUUUGAUUCAAAUCAAGUUGCAAAAGAUCCAUUAAAAAAGAAUGUUGAUAGUGAAGAGGAAGAAGAAGAACAAGAACAAAAGGAACAAAAAGAAGAAAAAGUAGAAAAAGUUAUAGAAAAAAAACAACAAACUGUUAAACAUGAUGAAAGUGUUGAAGAAGUUUCAAAGAAAUUAGAUGAAGAUUUAUUAUUUGGUACAAAAUCUAAUCAAAAAAAGAAAUUAAUUUUUGAAGAUGAUGAAGAGAUUUCAUUAGAUUCUGUUGAUUUAUCAAAAUUAGAAAAGAAACCAGUUGAAAAACCAACUAAAAAAUCAAUUUUAUUCCAAAGUGACGAUGAAGAUGAUGAUUUAUUUAAAAGUACCGACAACAAAACUAAAACUAAAAAACCAAUAAAUCUCGAUGAUGAUGAUUUAUUUGGUGAUAAUAGUGGAAAAGAUUCAAAAUUAAGUUCUGAUUUUGAUAUUUCAAGUUAUAUUAAUUCUCAAAAAUCACGUGCAAAGAGUAGUUUAUUUGAUGAUUAA